CAUUGAAAUCUAUCGUGGGAGAGUGUUGGUCGACGAGUCGAGAGUUGGGGAGAGACUGCGAGCUGAAGGGGACGACGCAGAGGCGACAAGAUGAUUAUUCCUGUUCGGUGCUUCACCUGCGGAAAGGUGAUCGGUAACAAAUGGGAUACAUAUCUGGACCUCCUUCAAGCCGAUUACACGGAAGGAGAUGCUCUUGAUGCACUGGGAUUGGUCCGAUAUUGCUGCAGACGGAUGCUCAUGACUCAUGUUGACCUAAUUGAGAAGCUCUUAAACUACAACGCUUUGGAUAAAACUGAGUCCGGUUGACAGGAUGGGCGACUGCUUAUCUUGAAUCACAACUCUCGUAAGAAGAACAUUACAUAGAUAUAGCUUGCAUAAUGGAUUCUCUUGUAAUGAUAUACACCUAUGUUCUGUUAAUUGAACAUGCUAUCAUAGUGAGAUUGUGUUGACUUUUUUGUUCAACAUUUCAGAUUGUUUUGAUUCUAGUUUU